GUGGCGCACGCUGUUCCGGACACAUGGUGCAGGGUGGGCGUGCCCAGGGCGCUGAUGUAAACACAAAAUACGCCUCAUCCCCCGUCGGAUAAGUCACAGUGGACUGAAUUGGCGAGAUUAACCCAAAUAGCCCUCGCUGGUCCGGGAAAGCGCUCAUUGUCCGUCUUGUGUAAUAUGCGUUAAAGCGCAGACAGGCGACGCCAUGGACUUCUACAUCAAUCUGAAGGUGAAUUUCAGGGGAAAUUCCAAGAAUUUCCUCCUGUCGGGAUCUGAGACCAAGAGCUGGGAGUCGAUGGAGGCCAUGGUGAAGCGUUCCUUUGGCCUGUGCAGCCUUCAGCUGACCUAUUUUGAUGAGGAGAACGAGGAGGUGUCCAUUAACAGUCAAGUGGAGUAUGAGGAGGCACUGAAGAGUGCAGCGAGGCAGGGGAACCGCCUGCACAUGAAUGUGUACGAGACUCGUGGCCAGCCGGCGAGGGUCCCUACCACCAAGGCCGGUGGUGCAGAGCCCAAGAGGGGCUUCAGACCCCCACAGCACUGCCCUGCCUUGGCCCAGGUGGUCAGCCGUAAGGUACAGGCUGCAGUGCCAGAGCAGGGCAUGGUGAUCAUGAAAGAAGUGAAAGGGACAAAAGAAGAAGACAAGACUCCUCCAGCGUGGUUCACUUCUUACAUGGAGAAGUUUAAGGACCAGGUGGUUCGUGAGGCGGUGGAGAAAAUCUGCAGGGAGUUCUCUGGACAGUGCUGCAUCCACAAGCCUCUGGGAGGAGGAGGAGGAACAGGGGGAGCAGGGGGAGGUAGAGGGGAAGCAGUCGGAGGAGCAGAGGCCCAGCAGGUCCCUGAGGUGUCCUCCACACUUCCUGGAGCUCCAUCUUCCUCCACUCCUCCCUGCUCCUCCUGCAGGGGGCAGACCACCGGAGGAGGCUACCAGUGCAGUGUGUGUACCUCCUGUACUCUGUGUGAGCCCUGCAGUUUCUCUCAUGAUCCCAGUCACAACCUGGUGAGAGCCAGGACUCCUCUGUCCAUCCCGGAACACGGAUCACCUGCCCCUGACCACAGCAAGUUCUACAGGCGAGGUGACCGCAGUUUUCGGAAGGCUGAGAAACAGCGGCUGAAAGCAGAGAAGCGACUGCUGAAGGCCGAGGUCAAAGAAAUCCGCAAACAGCUGAGGAUGGAGAGGCGGGGCAUACAGUGGAGCUCCUCCCACAGAGAUGGAAGCUCCUCCCCAGUCCUUCUGCAGCCUCGAGCCACCCAGCACAACAGCCCAGAGCGUCCAAAACGUCCCUGUCCCCUGGUGGUUCCAGCUAUGACAGCUGCAUUUCUAGAUGAGAACCUUCCUGAUGGAACUCGCCUGCGUCCUGGGACCAAGUUUAUUAAGUACUGGAAAAUGAGGAACACCGGAACUAUCAGCUGGAGUGCUGAUACUAAGCUGAAGUUUAUGUGGGGAAACCUGGCAGUGGGAUCUGGGGACCGUUGGAGAGAAGUGUCUGUUCCCUUCCUUCAGCCAGGACAGGUUGGUAUAGUGAGCGUAGCGCUGUGUGCUCCAGCUGUGGAGGGUUCCUACACCUCCCACUGGCGUCUGGCCCACGCUGGAGAGCAGUUUGGACCGAGGGUGUGGUGCAGCAUCGUUGUCGACCCUUUGGCCCCAGCACCCAUGAUGGCUGAUGGGAUACUGGUGUCACCCUGUGUCACACCUCAGGGUAAGAACCCAGUGGCAAAGGAUGGAAAGGCUUGUGCAGCUUCCAGGGACCAACCUUUAAUGUCAGUGGACCAAGAGGAGUACUACAUCCCCUCUGUAGACCUGCUCACGGCACAGGAUCUUCUGUCUUUUGAGCUACUGGACAUCAACAUCGUCCAGGAGUUGGAGAGUGUCCCAAACAACACCCCUGCUGACAUGACUCCCUGCAUGUCCCCUCUGCCUCAAGAUGGCCACCUGCAGGACAAGAGCAGUCCCUCUUUGGGUCUGAUCCAGGAAGAGACAGAAGUCAUCAAUAGCAUCAUGGAUGUCCCCCAUGGGGCAGGAUCUGGAGCUGAAGGGGGCGGGGUCCCAGCUCAGGAGGAAGGGGAGGAUGACAUCAGCGGGACUCAGUUUGUUUGUGAGACUGUGAUUCGCUCAAUGACCCUGGAGGAGGCCCCUGACCAUGCCCCUCUGAGAGGGUCCCGCCCAGGGACAGUGGCACAUCCGGCCACUCAGGGCAGCUCAUCCUCCUGUAAGAAGAGUAAAACAUUGAAAACAGAAGACACUUCAGACAGUAACCCUAGCAGCUCAAGCACCCUGAAACCACCAGCUACGCUGAAAGCUUCCCUCCCUUCCCCGCUGAAAGCCUCCCUGCCUGCUCCCAUGUCUGUGGCGGCUACAACCCCAGGGCCCGGUCCCAGCUCAGCUCCGACUCUGCUCCAUGCUUCGGCCAGGGCCUCCACGCUGCAGGAGCACACAGCCACAGAUGAGGUUGAAGAGUCCCACAUGGAGAGCAUCCGGGUGGAGUCCCGGGUCAAAGGGAGAGAGAAGGAGGUCGAGGAGGAGGAGAAGAAAGAGGGAGAGGAGAAAAGAGAAGGGACAAGAAGUCGCUCCUCUUCCACCUCUUCAGAGGAUUACAUCAUCAUCCUCCCUGACUGCUUUGACACCAGUCGGCCACUUGGGGAGUCCAUGUACAGCUCUGCUCUGUCCCAACCUGGUGACAUCCCAGCCAAGACCCCCACAGACCCUGAUACUUCCGACCACACAGGUGGCACUGUGGAGGGGGAGCUAGGUGAGGCGAAUGAAGCCGCUGCAGCUUCAGGGGCGGAGUUGUCGGGUACCAGCAGUGCCAACGACAUGCUUUGUACAUCUCAGACUCUGGAUGAUGAGCCACUGACACCUGAAGUGGUGGCACCACCUAAAACUGUCGUCACACUAAGCCCAGAGAGCAGUGGAGAAACUGAUGGCUCUGCUGCUGGGGAAGGAGCUGAGGGCGCUGAACUGUACCAAACUGAGGAUGUCUCUGGUCCUGAGCAAAUUCAGACAGAUGAUACUGAACCUACUGAGGACACAGAGGACAACCCUGAGGACCCCAGGCACCCAGGCAUCACAAGCGGCCUGGUGAAGGGAGCUCUGUCAGUAGCUGCUUCUGCUUACAAAGCCCUGUUCACUGGACAAGGCCCCACACAACCUCCGGUGGACGCGUCCACCCAGGACACCAUGAUGGCCUGUGCUGUGGAGAUGGGCUUUGGGGACCGGCCGCUGAACCAGCGACUGCUGAAGAAACACAACUACAAUCUGCUGGAUGUGGUCAAUGAGCUCGUUCAGAUGACUGACAAUGACUGGUACUCCACACGCUACUGACAAAAGAGAUGAAGAAGUGGAGGGAGAAGAAAAAGGAGAUAGAGAAGGAGAUGAAACACAAGAAAUGAUGGUUGAAGAGGGAGGAGGAAGAAAGACUGGGAAAUUCAUUUCCACUCAUCUACCUUUUUACCUUCAUCCGAUGGAGAGCAAUCUUCCUCAUGACCAUACACGAGGUCAUUCCAGCAAACUCUGUGGGAUCCUUUAUUAGACCAUUACUCUCAGUGUAGGCCUUGAUAGUGGCAGGGCAGUUUGUUUGCUUACCAAUCUAAAAGAGUUGAAAGAAAGAGACAUAUCCCUUAAGAAGCUAUGUGUAGCAUUUCUGUAUGUUGAGACACUAUGUCCCAUGAGCACUACAGCAGCCUGCCAGCUUCAUGAAGCUAACACGAGGCUGCAAAAACAAACUGUUUCAGUGAGUUUUUAAAGAAUGCAGCAGAUUUCACAGUUACUGUAAGAUACACCAACUAUCUACCAACUACCUACAACAACUACGGUAAUUAUCUGUUAAUGUUGAAAUGCUACACAUGGCACCUUCCUGCUUUUUCCUUUUGCCUGGGACAGUGUUGAACUACAAAGCAGAAAGAUAGUAUCAAGUAUUCACAUUUGCACUGAGAAUAACAGUAAAGAGAUCCACACCACAGGUCACUUUUGUAUCUAAUAGUUAAGUCAGAAAAUGUGUACACAUGCUAGUCAGUCAUUGAUUGGAAAUCUACAUUGAACUUAUUGUGUACAGCCAUGCACCAAACAGCAUACAGUGCUGAUAUAACUUGAUUUUAACUGAGGCAUUCCUGGGCACCUGGAGCAUCAAUCGUUUGGUCCUGAUCUGCCCCAGAGUUCUGCUUCCCCAACCUGACAGGGCUUGACAAGGCUGCAUAAAGAUCUAGUCACAGCAGAGAGUGGCACACUUCUCUGCAUAUCCUUGCAAAACUUGUGGUCAUAUACACUGAGCUAGUCAGUAAACUAUUGUAGCUAUGUAUGGCGCCAAGUCAGUUGGACAGUAAGAUCAUGCCAUAAAAAAAUCCAAUAUGUGGACCACUGACUCCUGUCUCACUUCAGUCUUGGUCAGUUGCGCAAGUUUGCAUGUUAAAGGUCACUCCAUAGAUUUACCUAAAAGUGAUAAAUAACUGAUUUCACUGCAAAAUUCAGUUUUUUUUUUAAUGCUAGUGUGACUGGGCCUGUGUGACAUAUGUUUUAAGUAGAUAUGCACUGCUCAAGAGAUGAGUGAGUGUGGUCAAGGCCUGGCAUUAGCUAGGCAAACCAUUGGUUAAUAGCUUAAAUAAGCAAAUAUAUAGCUUUGGUUCUUGUGUAGGGUCUGGGUUGAAAAAUUUGGCUGUGGCAGUUGAGUCAGGUCUGGACUUAGAGAUGCGGGUGCCAGACGAGUCUCUGUCUCUGCAGGAUUAAUCUGCCCCUGAAAUCAUUCAGGUUAGGGUUGGUCAGAAUGAUGAUAUACUGUAUACCAGAUGAUGAUAUAAAUUUAUACUUAGGUAUCCGUUUCUUUUAGUAUGUCUGAUUUUAUGAGGCAGUUUAUUGUCAGAAGUGUAUUUCUUUUUAUGUGACUUGUGAUAAAUGUGAUGAAGCACCUUGAUUUGUCAUCAGUGUAUCAGCCAAAAACAGAUAUCCCCAUCUGGUUGUAUGUAUAAACAAUCAAUUAAUUUCCAAGAAAUUACAUUUACUCAAAGAAUUACAUAUGCCAUGAUAGAGGAUAUCACCCACACCCCUAGUCACAGGUAUGUAUACGGGCAAGUAUUUGGAUAAUGUCACUUGCGUUGAAGCCACUUGUGUACAUGUUUAUGUUGGCAAAAGAAAAUUAUAUCACGAGCCUCAGAGCUUGUUACAAGGUAGCUAUCUUUAGCUAGGUCCAGAUUUUGGCUGCAUUUUUAUUAAUAUUAUUCUCAUUUCGAAACUUUUGUCAAUAUCACUGGAGAAUAUAUAGGGAUCUCACAUAGCUGUUACUGUACUGUAUGCAUAACCUGCUGUAGAUGAGUAGAUGACCACUGCAAGCAGAAAAAACAUUCCCCUGUAUGACUUUGGACUUGGAAAUAGUAUUUGCACUUAAAAACUGACUGGACACAGGGACCAUCCAUUCAGCUUAAAAUCUUAACUGUUUCCUACAGUUGCCUCUCCCCUCUUUCACACGUUGUUGGCUUAACAGACAGGCAUCUUCCCUGAUAGCUGGUCCUCACUGAAGGUCUCAGGAUGCUUCAAAUAAACUAGUUCAUUCAAGUCACCUGAUGCAUAUCUGAAGGCACAAGUGUUGUGGCCACACUAAUGGCGAGGUCCUCCUGGCUGCAUCCUACUGCCUCCACGCCUGCCUCUGAUUUUUUCCUUCGAAGUGUUCCCAGUGUCACACCCAGUUGUUCACGUGAAAAGUCAAGGAAGUUGUGUUUGGAUUGAUUGUGGACAGGUGUGAAAGAUCAAGAUCAAAGAUCAAACUCUGGCACAGACUAAAAACAGGACUUAAUGAUAGCAGAUAUGAGGUUUUAGCAUGAAGCAAAUAAUCUGAUAAUCAUGGGAAGACAUAUGCACUUCAGCAUGGUGGGGCAGAAAAUGAAAAGAAGUUUAACCGAAAUGUGUUGAGUGCAUGUCCUACUCCAUGUACUUUGGCAGUUCUUUAUUAAAAGUAGAUGAAUGUAGCGAAUGUAAUCCAGUUUACAUCCUAUUUCAACCUGUUUCCUUAUUCAAGUGGGUCCAGUUACUCCUCAGUCCACAUGAUAUCAUGUUAACAGCUCUUGAUACACUUGUAACAACCCAGUGUGAACAUGAAACGGACAGAAUUGUUUUGUUUGAAGCAUACAGAGGACUGAAGUUAAAAUGAAGACUUUCCUAACAUUUCACUCACCUUCUCUCUCUUCUAACAUCAUACAUUACACAGGUCUUCAUGAAUUAUUCUGCUGUUUAGCUGAGUUAGAUGGGUUACGUUUAAUGACUUCAAACAGCUGUAUUGAGUUGAAUUCCUUCAGCAGAGCAGUCCUGUCAUCUGUUUUGUGCUUCUUUAAAGUGGUAAGGUGCGGGGGCCGAUACUCCUAAAGGAUGUGGCAGAGCACAUUAAGAGUAUGUACAGUAUGGUCUUUCCGAACUUUAACUGGAAUCAAACAGUGUGUAACAAUGUGAAAUGUGUUUUGUUUUUUUUUCCUUCACAGAUGUAUGAAUAUAUACAGAACCUAGUUGGAAGCAAUGACUAUCAGUUAACUUCAUUAGUUAAAGUUAAAAAUUGAGAUUGUUUAAGGUGUUUUUUCUCCAAAUGCUUGAAGGCUGUUUGGAAAUGUUAAAAAUUAGAGCUGUGGAUGUUGUAUUUUCAGGCUUAUUGUGUGGUGGUUGAAUUUGCUCUGCUGUAUGUGUGUGUUAGUGUUAUUUUUUGUUAGAAAUGUCACUAGAUUGAUUGAAGAUUGUCUUUUUGUUUGCACACAAGAGGAUUUGAUGGAUUUGUUGUUGGAACUGAACAAACUGUUUAAUAAAACAGCACUUAUCUAGGA